AUGCGGGAGGGCGCAGACGGCUGGCACGACAAACACCUAACACGCGUACCAAACGAGAUCUGUGUCAAGGUGACCUCUAUGUACUCUGUCGAAUUGGUGCUGCUUUACAGAAGUUCAGCCGACGAUCUCCGGUUCGGCUGCACCGUCGGCUCCCUUUCAUUUUUUAGUUUUUCAUCAGUAAUGCCUGCAGCUCCCGUUGCCUACCGCUGGACAAAAAUGGAAUUGGCCCUCUUUCUGACGGCUCUAUCCAAGCUCGGCGACGACUUUGCGGCCAUUUCGCGUACUCUAGGAACAAAAUCGGAGAGCUUCAUUCGAGACUUUUAUGAGGAAUUUAAAGAAAAAGUUGGUCUUGACUGCCUUGUUAAGUAA